CCUAAACAAUUUACUCGUAACUCUGCUUAUGUUUCGAUGUUAGUGUUCUUGCGGAAAUGUCCUGGCUCAAAAUAGGACAGAAACACUCAACUUUGCAUUGUUAUCAUAGCAGAAAAACAUUUUAUCUGUGGGUAAAUAAUAUCUUCAAUAGAGUUGAUGAAGAAAGAAAGAAAAUUGUAGGAUCUGAAAGAGUUGCUGCAGAAUGGAUUUUGAGAUGUGGUGGCGGUGUUAAAUUUUCAAAGAUUAAUCGUUAUAUUUGGGACUACAACAACUUACCUGAUUGGCCCAAAACUCAAUAUGAAGUGGAAGGUAUUGAUGCUUCUGGGACAUAUAUCACAGACAGUGGUCUGGACCAUUUGGAUGGUCUUGAGUAUUAUAGCUUGAACUUGAGCAACUGUCGCUAUGUUACAGAUUUAAACAAACUUCUUCCUGUAAAGGGAACUCUUAAAGAGCUGAAUAUUAGCAAUUGUUCAGAAGUGAGGGAUCUUUCUGCUUUAUUUAAUCUCAAGCAGUUGAAAUGUCUUGUAUUGUCUGGUUUGAUAUCAGUAAAGGACAAAGAUUCAACUAUUUUACACCUAAAUAAACGAUUGACUGCAUGUAAGAUAAUGCAUGAUGUCGACAUAAAGGAAAAAAGCUAAUAAAUAAAUAAAUUAAAGCAAUUAAGAAAUUUUAAAUUCAUGAUCAAGUCUGACCUUCCAAGAUAAUAUGCUUAUUGUCAGUAAACUGGUAGCUUUAAAUGACCAAGUUUGUGGAGUGGCUUUGGAAAAAGUAAAAAUAAAAAUGUAGUUAAAUGUUUCUAACAUUCUAGUCAAUAUAUUCUAGUGAUAAAA